AUGUUUGUUGCAUCCACUGACGCUCUUGCUCGACAUUUACUCGAAGGCUCGGAUACAGGUGCGGAAAAGCCGGGUGGUGGUGGCGGUGGUGUCCCACCGGGGAAUCCCUCAGUGUCCGCCUCGGUUGCUAUUGUAAUUGUCAUAUCACUUGUUAGCGUAUCACUUCUAAUUACCGACGCUCUUGCUCGACAUUUACUCGAAGGCUCGGAUACAGGUGCGGAAAAGCCGGGUGGUGGUGGUGGUGGUGUCCCACCGGGGAAUCCCUCAGUGUCCGCCUCGGUUGCUAUUGUAAUUGUCAUAUCACUUGUUAGCGUAUCACUUCUAAUUACCGGUAUCAUUAUUGUUGCGGUGACGGUUGACCCAUCGAGCGGAGAUGACGAGUCGGACAUCGAAUGGGAUAGCCCGAGGCGUUCGAAUGAGUCAACCGAGCUGCUUUCCGACGAGCUCAAGGACAAUGCGAAUUUCUUCUAUGCGGGUGAAAUCUUCCACGAAGUGUGA